CCGAUCCACCUCUCUUUUCUCUCUUUUACCUGCUUUAGUUUUGCUCUAGUUUUGUUUGCUAUACCUUCCCCUUUUCUCUCAGUCUCUUUCUUUCAUUCUUCCUUUUUCUAUUUCCUCUCUCUCUCAUAAUCUGCUCUCAUUUUCACUCCCCGUUCAUCUCUCACUUUCUCUCUCACCCUUUUCCCCCAUCCUCUCCAUCCCGCCGCUCCGUUGCCAUGGCCACCACGGGCCUCCAGGUGCUGGGCGUGCUCCUGGCCGUGGCGGGCUGGGUGGGCGGGGCCCUGGUGACCGCCGCCCCCUUCUGGCGCGUGUCGGCGUUCGUGGGCGGGGAGCUGGUGGUGGCGGAGGCCCAGUGGGAGGGCCUGUGGAUGAGCUGCCUGGUGCGCUCCAGCACCGGACACACCCAGUGCAAGACCUUCGACUCGGGCCUGGCGCUCGCCCCAGGCACCCAGGCGCGCCGCGCCCUGGCCAUCGUCGCCCUUCUCCUGGGCCUGCGGGGGCUGGGCCUCGCCGUGCUGUGCACCCACUGCCUGGGCGGCGCCCACGACGCCAAGGCGCGGCUGGCGCGGGCGGGCGGGUUGGUGUUCGUGGCGGUGGCGCUGACGUUCCUGGUGCCCGUGAGCUGGACGGCGCACAUGGUGGUGAGGGACUUCUACGACCCGGCGGUGGCGGUCAUGCUGGUGGGAGGGGCUCUGAUCAAUGCGGGCUCCGCCCCGCCGCCCGAAGGAGGAGGAGGAGGAGGAGGAGGAGGACGGUCCUCGGUGGCAGGCGCCUUCGGGGGAGGGAAGGGCAACCCGCAGCCCACUCCUCCAGCGGGGAAGAAGGAGAAAGCGUACGUCUGA